CCGCGAUCUCCCUUAAACGGCGCCGUGUCACCGCUGCUGGUCGAUGCCGCGGAUCGUGGGCUUCGCUGCCGCGAUUUUGGCCUCGCAAGUCGCGACGUAGAUCAUAGACGAACAACAUCGUCGUCAUCAUGCGGCUUUGUAAUCCGGAGUAGUUAGGCAGCGCGCUCUCGUUCCGAUCUUCGUUCCUUUUCUUCCCUCCUCCUUUAUGAAGCCUCGCUUUCAUCCGAGGUCAUUUUAGUUUAAUCAUUUUUACGCGUCCUUAACUGCGCGAGGAUCAGUCACAAGAGGUCAAGAAUUAAACAAGAUCUCUCAGGAGGAACGUCCAACACGGGCAUCAGAUUCACUACUCUCUUGGUAAGCACGAUUUUUUUCAUUGAUAACACAUUAGUACGUUACCUGGCUUAAGCUCUAAGGACUCUAAGAUAUUUCAUACACCGUUGUUCCUACAGCGAUGGAGAAACCUGCAAGCACGAACAUCAGCACACACAUCGUUUCAUUCAUUGAUAAUCUACACAUCUUGUUCAAAAAUAUCCAAGAUAGUUUAAAUCUAAAUAAUUAAUGUCUUAUACUUCAUCAUGUCUUACCCCAGGAUAUAUACUUAUCCUUCAUUCCCUCGAUCACUGUACAGUAUCUAGACGUGUUUUUGUGUGAAAAAAAGAACUAUAUUCGUGUAAGGGAUCAUAAGUAAACGUGCUCGCCGUAGAAGCAACAGAUAGAGAAAUGGCGAAUUUCCGUGGAUUUUAUAUACCCUCCUUCGGAGCAACGGUCAACGUCGCCUGGGAGACCUUGAAGGCUAAAUGGCCAGAGAACAGUCCGUGUAUGGAACUGAUUCGCGGCGGCGGCGGCAUGGGCCAAGGACAUCCUCAAGGUCAUGCCGGUCAGGGUCAGUUCAAGUCCUUCGACGAGGGCCGGGACAACACCGAAAUGAUGACCAUGAAUGGGGACCAGGCGUACCGGGAUCAAAACAACGUGGCAAUCGCCGAGGAUUCCUUCAGCUAUCAAAGAAACGGGGAUAAAGUUAGAACCGGAAGCAUGAGCAGCGGCGAUUUUAGCGAGUACGACGAGGGCGGCGGAGAGUUCGGUGCCUCAGGUGUCAAAAUCAACGAGUGGCAAGCCGCUUGGAACGUUACAAAUGCUAUUCAGGGAAUGUUCAUCGUCUCUCUGCCAUUCGCUGUUCUACGCGGCGGUUACUGGGCGAUCGCUGCGAUGGUCGGCAUCGCACACAUCUGCUGCUACACCGGCAAGAUCCUAGUCGAGUGCCUGUACGAACUGGACUCGGUGACAGGUCAACGUGUGCGCGUACGAGAUUCGUAUGUGGCCAUCGCUAAAGAAUGCUUCGGGCCAACGUGGGGCGCACGUGCCGUCAACAUCGCGCAGAUCAUCGAGCUGCUGAUGACCUGCAUCCUAUACGUGGUUGUCUGCGGCGACCUGAUGAUCGGCUCAUUUCCCGAAGGCGCGAUCGACACUCGCAGCUGGAUGAUGCUGAUCGGUAUAUUUCUGUUGCCGCUUGGUUUCCUCAAGUCGUUGCAGCACGUCUCUAUGCUGAGCUUCUGGUGCACGAUGUCUCACCUCUUCAUCAAUGCGAUCAUCAUCGGUUACUGCAUCCUGGAGAUCGGUGACUGGGGCUGGUCGAAGGUGAAGUGGACGAUCGACAUGGAGAAUUUUCCAAUCUCACUCGGCGUGAUAGUCUUCAGUUACACGUCUCAAAUCUUCUUACCGACUCUUGAGGGCAAUCUCAUCGAUCGCUCCAAGUUCGACUGGAUGCUGAACUGGAGUCACAUCGCCGCGGCCGCGUUCAAGUCGCUCUUCGGUUGGAUCUGCUUUCUGACUUUCCAGAAUGACACGCAACAGGUGAUCACCAACAACCUACAUUCGGCCGGUUUCAAAGGUUUGGUGAAUCUAUGCCUGGUCGUCAAAGCGGUGCUCUCGUAUCCGUUACCGUAUUACGCGGCUUGCGAACUCCUAGAACGCGCUUUCUUCCGCGGUCGACCGAAAACGAUCUUUCCGACUAUCUGGACGGUGGAUCGCGAGCUCAAGGUCUGGGGUUUGGCUUGGCGAGUCGGCGUGAUCGUGUUCACCAUUCUAAUGGCGAUCUUCAUACCACACUUCAGCAUAUUAAUGGGUUUUAUCGGUUCCUUCACCGGUACCAUGCUCUCAUUUAUUUGGCCUUGUUAUUUUCAUCUAAAGCUGAAGAGAAAUUCGAUGGAAUGGAGUGCCGUCGCGUACGAUUGCUUUGUCAUCUUCCUCGGUAUUCUCUUUGGCGUAAUUGGCGUCUACGACUCUGGCUCUGCGCUGAUUAACGCCUUUGAGAUUGGUUUACCCUUCUGAGCGAUCUCCCGCCAGUUAAGUCAUUUUGUGUUGUUGUUCAUGUCUUGUACCGAGAUGAUAUUACGCUCUCGAGCUGUCGAAAUAUUCGAUUCUAAUAUAUUGCUCGAUAUACAUGCAAUAAUUGCUGAUGCAUACGGGAGACUAUAUAAAGGGAUAUUCUGAAAUGAUAAUUCAUAGAAAGUUGCUGUAGGAAAAUAUUUUCUAAUAAAAAUUAA